AUGGACCGACCAGUGGUUGCGAGAGCCACUUCGAGCGAUGACUCCCCGGUCCCGGGGUACUUGUAUGGAGAAAUCGCGCAGAUGACGCACGCGAACUUCGAAGGCUGCCGGCAACUCACGGUCUACCUCCUGGAGCGGAUCAAGAAGCCCAACCACAACAUAAAGUUCAAAUGCCUGCGGAUAAUAAAGCACGUGUGCAUGAAAGGCAGGGCGGAGUUCAAGAUGUCCAUGCAGCGAGAAGCCCAGCUAAUCAAGGACUGUCUCACCUUCAACGGACCCCCGGAUCCCCUGAGAGGGGAAGAGAUCUACCGAAGGGUUCGCGAGGCGGCAAAGGAAACCUUGGAGGCCAUUUUCGCGGAAAAUCCCCCUGCAGGAGCCCUUGCGGCUCCCACGAGAUACGCCUCCGGUAACCGCAUCGAGGGCUUCGGGUCGGGGGCGGCGGGCGGUGGGCCCGGCAACGGCUACGACAACGACGGAGGCGGAGGGCGGUACCCCUCCUACGGAGGCGGCGGCGGCGGCGGCGGGUCAAGCUUCACCGGAGCUUACGACGGCGGCUACGGCGGGGGCGGCGGUAGCACCGUCGAGACGAUCGGCGCGGUGGGGUCCGCCGUCGGCUCCGCGGUCGGAGCCGCGAUGGGGAAAGCGAUCGGGGCUGUGCGGGGGCGCGCGGGGCAAGGGGGGGGCGCCGGCGGUCUCGCGUCUUCCGGGGGGGGGCGCUUCCGAGGAGGAGGAGGAGGAGGAGGAGGGGGAUACCCAGGAGGAGGAGGAGGGGGGUAUGGGGGAGGAGGCGGGGGGUCCAGCAUGCAGGGGAUGGGCAACUACGACCCCUCCAAGGACAAGACUUGGCUGGAGCGCACGAGCGAGACCGUCAAGGGUUCCGUGGGGACCGGCCUAGACGCCGUUCAGCGCCGCCUUGGGAGAGGAGCGGCGGGCGGGGGAGAGGAUGACCCUCGUUACCUUGCGCAUAGCGGCGGCGGCGAUGGGUUCCACAGUGGCUCUUACAUGAGCAACCGAGGAUCUAACGCCCCGUACGGUGGAGGAGGGGGCCGAGGCGGCGGGUACCGGUCAGAGGCGGUGUCGAGCGCAUACGAGAACGCCAGGGCCAGCAGCCAGGCGUACGCUUCGCAGUGGAAUCAGGGCGCUUCUUCUGGCAGCGGUGGAGGAGCAACCACCGGAGGCGUUCGAGGCGUGUGGGGGGACAACCCAAGCUCGUCCAACAAGACCUCCACCGCCGCCCCGCCUCCUCAACACCAAGAUGACGAUGGAAGAGCAAGGGCCGUGGGAGAAGGCGGCGGCGCCGGCGCCGGGGGUGGAGGAGUCGGGAACGGGGGGUUCGUAGGGAGAACGGGGGGGGGUGCCGCUGAUGGGGGAUACGAGGGGAAGCUGGUGGAGGAGAUCUGCGCCGCGGCGGGGACAAAGUCCACCCCCGGAAAGCCAGAGCUGGACGCCUUCCUGUCGAAGGCGGCGAGCCUUGACACCGGGAGGGUGGCCCAGGCGUUGCUGGUGGCCCUAGAGGCUGCCGACUGGAGGUCCAGAAGCAAGGGAUUGGCUGUCGUAGAGGCGCUGCACCGAUCGGACCCGAGCUACCGGAUCCCCCUCGAAGACGCGUUCCAGGGUACGGAGGUUGGGGUCAUCCCCCUCUGCGCCGACCCGAAGCCCGCCGUCAGGGAUCGAGCGGUAAGAGUAUCCAAGCUGCUGGGCCUAGACCCUUCGUCAGUCCAGGCGGCGGCGGCGGCGGCGGCGGCAGCGCCGUCUCAAGAGGACGCCACGGACGGUUACUCCUGCGCCCCCGACGGCGACCCCGCUUCACCGGUAAUCUCGGGGACCACAAAGGCCGCCCCGUCCGGUCCCGCGGUAGACCUACUCGGCGGCUUCUCGGACCAAGAAGGCGGUGACGGGGCGGGGGUUGUCGGCGACGACAUUCUGGGUGCCGCCGCCGCCGCAGCCGCCGGAAGUAGCAGCGUGGACGAUGUCUUCGGCUUGCAUGAUGGUAGUGCGGCUGCGGCUACCGGGCCACGGGGCGCGUCGGAUGGGGCCGGGGGGGGGCUGGAUGAGCUCCUUGGCAUGGGAGACGGCGGUGGUGCCGCCGUUGGCUCUGGUGGUGGUGGUAUUUUAGAAAGCUCUAGCCCUGCAGCGACUCCGGAUAGCCUGUUCGGGGACCUUUCCGUUAAGGACGAGCCCGCUGGCGGCACCGGCGACGGUGACACCACUGCGGAUGCCGAAGAAACGAAGACGGCGGCAGCCGGUGGCGGAGGAGGCGUGUCGGGGUUUGCGUUCAUGGGGAGCGCGGGCGGCGGCGAGGUGGAACCGGCGAAGGCGGAAGAGACGGCAGCGGCUUCGGAAGGCGCGGCGGGCGCGGACCUGCUGUCCGGAUUCGGAGGAGCCCAGGCGGCGAAGAGCGAGGGCGGUAACCUCUCCGACAUGCUCACCAUGUCGCCGGGAGACAUCGGCGGGAGCGGCAGCGCCGCCACCGCCCGCAAGACACCGAUUGAGGUGGCAACCACCGGCGAUGAUGAUUGGCUAGGCUUGGCCGGCGGCGGCAACGGCCCGGCGGCGAGCAAAGGAGGCGGUGCCGUCGCUCCUCCCGCCGCCUCCGGCGAGGGCGGCGUUGGUGCUGUGAGGGCGCCGGCUUCCUCGGGGUCGCUGUUGGAUGACUGGGCAGGCGGCGGGGGGGCGAAGAGCGCGGCGGAGGGGCUGGCUGACCGGAACCAGAUGCUGCAGCAGAAGGUGAUGCUGAUGCAGCAGCAGCAACAGCAAGGGCGGGCGGGAGGCAUGAUGGGCGGGUCUUUUUCGUCCUUCACGGGCGCCUCCUCGGGCGUGGGUGUCGGGGCAGGGACAUCAGCAGCAGCGUUCGGGGGGAGCGUGGGGGGUGGUACGCCGGCCAUGAUGCGCUACAACAGCGCCGGGGGGGUCCAGCAAAGAGUUGGUGUAGGGACUGCUGCUGCAGCUGCGGGGGGGCUGGGGAUGAGACCUGUAGGUGUCGGAGGUGUCGCCAUCAACGGGGGUUCGGGUGCUGGCAAGCUCAUCCCCGACGUUAGCGAGCUGGGGGUGGGGGGCCAGCAUCAGCAGCAACAGCAGGGGCAAGCGAAGGGCCAGGGCCAGCAGGCGGCGGCGGCGGCGGCGGCGGCGGGAGCGCCGAAAGCACCGGACUCUUUCAGCUUCGUGAGGGACGCGAUGCACGACUCCAUCAAGUAGAUCCACCCGAUGGCUUGAGACGGGCCGCGUGAAAACCACCAUGGUUGCAUGUAAGACAGAGGCCUGCCCUGUACGGAGGUACGGACGGUGUCCUUGAUAGUUGGUUGUGGAUCGAAAAGCGGAGGAAAGUGUCUUGCGAAGCAGCAGUCGUGCAGGUGCCGGGACAUUGGCCAUCGUCACAGGGGCCGGAUAUUACAAAGACACCUAAAAAUGUUUUUGCCCUCUGUUAGAUAUCAACUGCAAAUCCUCGAAAUUGAUUGUUUUUUUGUGGUCGAUCUACGUGAUGCUGGAGGAUUUCGCCCGCAACCCCAGCGGAGACGACGUCGGUGGCGUUGAUAUACUUUGUUUGGCCUGUGUAUGCUUUUUUCGUGAGGUGAAGGGAUCAAUCUGUCUUGGGAUUGUUGACCUCGGUUCGGUCUCUUGUUGUUCCAUAUGGCGUCGAACACUGAGCGUUGAACCGGCAUCAGGAUGUCGUUUUGCGAGUCGUCGGUAGAGCCCACUUGGUUUGGUGGGUACUGUAGCCUCGUGAUUCGGAAGGCAUAGACUGUGCCCCUAGUGCCGGGGGUGGCACACAAGGACAGACGGUCCAACUUUCCUAAAAGAGCCAGCCGGUG